AUGGGCACCUGGCUAGCUUCGUCGGCAGCGAGCAUUGUGUCUCCCAGCAACGGUCCGAGCCACGCUAAGAGGAUGGCGUACCCCAAGUCGGACAUCAGCGUGAACCUCAAGGACCACUACAGCUCCAAGGUCUACACCUCUCUCUCGCCCGUGGCCGGCGACCUGACCAUCACAACCAAGCGCGAUGUCCGCUUCGACUCGAUCCAGAUUUUGCUCCUCGGGCACACCAAGACCCUGUUCGAGGGCAUGUCGGCGCCCCAAGAAGUCACCCACACGUUCCUCAAGAUGGUGAUGCCCAUCCCCGAGUCGACCUACCCCGUGCCGAGGGUGCUCCAGACCGGCGAGACCUACACCAUCCCCUUCAACUUUGUGAUCCCCAACCAGCUCACCAUCAACGCCUGCAACCACGCCCGGCUCUCGGAUGCCAUGCAGGACCACCACGUGCGGCUCCCGCCCAGCCUCGGCGGCUGGGAGCGCGACGACAUGGCACCGCUCAUGGCCCAGGUCGAGUACAAGAUCACGGCGCGCGUGCUCCGCGACGACGGCGACCACAGGACCCGCAUCAUGGAAGCCAGCCAGCCCCUGCGGGUCCUCCCCGCGAGCCCCGAAGACCCCCCGCUCAACAUCACCGACAAGGACCGCCUCUACCGCAUGUCCAAGACCAAGACGCUGCGCAAGAACAUCCUCACCACCAAGCUGGGCCGCCUCACAGCCGAAGCCCUCCAGCCGGGCGCGGCGGUGCUCUCCUCGGACGGGCGCCGCGUCAUGUCGCACCCGAUGGCGCGCAUCCGACUGUCGUUCGACCCCGCGUCGCCGCGCACACUCCCCCCCACCAUCACGGGGGUGACGGCCAAAGUAACGGCGCACACGUACUACUCCUCCGGUACCAUCUCCUCAUUCCCCAACCUCGGCGAGUGGAACGCGCCCUACCUCACCGACCGCCGCGGCCAGUUCUUCACAUCCACCUCCCUCCCGCCCGUCACCCUCGCCGAGCAGCCCGCCUGGACCUCCCCCUCCUCCAAGCCCUCAUCCCCCCUCGCACGCCGCGACUCCGGCUACGGCAGCAGCAUGCACUCAGCCCGCAGCAGCAGCAGCGAUCUCGACACCAACACCAACAACACCCACAACCCCCUCUUGCCACCAAACCACAAGCAACAACAACAACAGCAAACCACCACCAUCAGAGUCCCGCUCUCCCUGCCCACCGACAAGCGCACCUUCGUGCCCACCUUCCACUCGUGCAUCGCCAGCCGCGUCUACACCGUGCAGCUGACCGUCGCGCUGGCAAGCAAGGGCGCGUCGAACACGGUCACCCUGACCGUGCCGCUGCAGGUGGCGGUGGAUGCGUCUACUUCGGGUUCCGCUUCGGGGUCGGUUUCUUCGAGGGCGUCGUCGGAGAGUGGGGAAAAUGAAACCGAAGAGGUGGUGGUUGGUAGUGGUGGGCCGCCGAGUUUUGAGGAGGCUGAGGCGGAUGAGCAUUUGAGGCCGCGGGUGUUGCUGGUGCCGUCGGAAGAGGAGUUGGGUGGUGGUGGUGGUGGUGGGAGGGAGCGUGGGAGUUGGAUGCUGGCGGCGGGGGGGGAGGGGCAGGCGGCGGAUCGCGGGGGGUUGCCUGAGUAUGGGGAGGCGGGGUGGAGGAGGAGGGUGGAUUGA